AUGUAUCAAAGGUUAACACUAAUUGUAACUGAUUCUCUAUCGUUCAUAAAUGCUCUCAACUCGUUAAGUAUAAACUGUGGCAUACUUGUGUCAGAAGUCAGACACAGGUAUGGUAGGAUUGUGGACAAUGGAGUUGGAGUGCACCUUUGGAUUCCAUCUCACAUUGGUCUUGAGAUGCAUGAUAGAAUUGAUGAAUUAGCAAAUUAUCAGCAUUACAGUUUUUCACCCAUAGUUUUCUCCCCAUCAGCUUCCUGCAUCAAGUUUCUGGAACAACAAGCAAAAGAAUUAGAUGCCGAUUAUCAGGUGAUAGAAUGUGUCCCUGGGAAUCCUAUUAUGGUGAUAACUCUAGUGGGACAAGACCCUCAUCUUCCAUCACUACUCCUCAACUCCCACACGGAUGUCGUGCCAGUGUUUCCUGAAAAUUGGAAAUAUGACCCAUUCAGUGCACAUAAAGAUGAAAAGGGAGAUAUAUACGGGAGAGGCACUCAAGACAUGAAGUGUGUUGGAAUACAGUAUAUAGAGGCUCUUAAACGUCUUAGAAAAGAAGGGCAUAAGUUCCUCAGGACAAUUUACAUUUCUUUUAUGCCAGAUGAGGAGAUUGGUGGACUAGAUGGCAUGAAAAAAUUUGUGAAAAAUGAUUUCUUCAAGAAAAUGAACGUUGGUUUCGCACUGGACGAAGGUUAUGCAAACCCCACCGAGAACUUCACUCUCUUCUACGGAGAGAGGACAAUAUUAUGGACCAAGGUGAAGUGUCCGGGGAACCCUGGCCAUGGAUCACAGUUCCUGACUAACACUGCAGGAGAAAAACUGCAGAAGGUAAUCAAUUCCUUCCUGAGUUAUCGAGAUGAACAGAAACUUCUACUGAGGGAUAACGAGGAGCUGCGUCUCGGAGAUGUCACUACGGUCAACCUCACCAUGCUGAAAGGAGGUGUACAGGUUAAUGUGGUGCCUGCAGAGCUGAGCAUUUACUUUGAUAUUCGCCUUGCCCCCACUGAAGAUGUGAGAAAAUUUGAAGAAAAGAUAAAGAUGUGGUGUAAAUCAGCAGGAGAUGAUGUUGAGUAUGAGUUUCCUUUAUUGGAAGAUUCUACACAGACAUUGACACAGAGCCUGUUGACCUGUGUAGAAGAUGGCAAAAAUCCAUGGUGGGAUGCCUUCUCCCAAGCAUGUAAAGAUGAAGGUGUAAAGCUCGAGAAGCAAGUGUUUCCAGCUGGCACAGACUGUAGGUACAUCAGGGAGCUUAACAUUCCAGCACUUGGCUUCUCUCCCAUGAACCGAACACCAAUCCUUCUUCAUGACCACAAUGAAUUCCUCAACGAGAAAGUAUUCCUACGUGGCAUUGAGAUCUACCAGACCAUUAUCCCUGCCCUGGCUAACCUGAAGAUUUAGGCACCUCAGCCUGGUUAUCAGGGUAACGCAUUUCCAGAGAUGCUAACCCUCUUCUGCUUGUGUACUUUCACAUAAUGUAAUGCACUAGGUAACAACACACAGGUGGCUACCUAAUGCACAUAAAUUUAGUGCUAAUAAUGGAUUAUUUUUACAGUCUUCAAGUAUUUCCUAUCAGUACACAGACAUGCAUGUACUCUUUGGUGAGAGAUUAUAUAAAUCUUUGAUAAAAUUAAUUAUUAUUAUUAUUAUUAUAAUUAAAAAGAAGCGCUAAGCUACAAGGGCUAUACAGCGCUGCAAUAUAAAAUUAAUAAGAUGAUGUCAAUGCAUACAAGAAAUACAGAAAUCUUUGUUAGGUUAAUGAUUUCUUGAGGAAAUUGGCUUUUAUUUGUAGUAAUUUAUUUUUUCAAUAAUAGAAAGAUAGUAUUAAAAGCAGAUCCCAGAGUAUAUACACUGGGAACAGCAGUGUAUAUACCAUCAAUGGGAAACAGAAGAGCUGUGUAUAUACAUUCACUGCAAACAGCAGUGUAUAUGGCAGUGAACAGGUAGUAUGCACCCUUAAUCAUCUUGUACUGUAGAUAAGAGUUAAACCUGACAUCCAACAAACUUUUCUGACUCAAUAGAUGAAAGAAUGAUUUAGUUUUAUAAAUCAUUUAUGGUUUGAAGAAUGAGACACUUGUGCAACAUUUUGGGAAUCUUUAUUGAGGAAAUGUUUUGCAAGUCAUUGGCUUCUUUAGUCCAAUACAGAGAAGGAUAGAGGAGGAGUGUGACUGAUUACACUCCUCGUGUGGGUGUACGACCCACUUAAUAUAUGUACCUAUAACUCAUUUCAAUUGUGACCGAGUGUGGAGGUGUCAGUGGCUCAUUACUCAUGAUUGUAACCAUGUAAAGGAGUGUAGAUGGUUCAUUACCUUUGUAACUUGCCAUGAUUGUGAGCAGAUCUACCUGGAGUUCAUUACCUUUGUAACUAGUUCAGCUAUCAUAACUUUGGGGUUCAGUCCCUGGACUCGUUAUGUACCUCUGUAACCUGAUAGGUAUGGUGUGACUACCACCCACAGGAUGGGUAUGGUGUGACUACCACCCACAGGAUGGUAUGGUGUGACUACCACCCACAGGAUGGGUAUGGUGUGACUACCACCCACAGGAUAGGUAUGGUGUGACUACCACCCACAGGAUGGGUAUGGGGUGACUACCACCCAUAGGAUGGGUAUGGUGUGACUACCACCCACAGGAUGGGUAUGGGGUGACUACCACCCAUGGGAUGGGUAUGGUGUGACUACCACCCACAGGAUGGGUAUGGGGUGACUACCACUCACAGGAUGGGUAUGGUGUGACUACUGCCCACAGGAUGGGUAUGGUGUGACUACCACUCACAGGAUGGGUAUGGUGUGACUACCACCCACAGGAUGGGUAUGGUGUAACUACUGCCCACAGGAUGGGUAUGGUGUGACUACUGCCCACAGGAUGAGUAUGGUGUGACUACCACCCACAGGAUGGGUAUUGUGUGACUACCACCCACAGGAUGGGUGUGGUGUGACUACCACCCACAGAAUAGGUAUGAUGUGACUACCACCCACAGGAUGGGUAUGGUGUGGCUACCACCCACAGGAUGGGUAUGGGGUGACUACCACCCACAGGAUGGGUAUGGGGUGACUACCACCCACAGGAUGGGUAUAGUGUGGCUACCACCCACAGGAU